AACCAUUUAAUAAUAGACGCAUAAUACUUCUGACAGUGAGAGUAUUAUGCUACGCAUAAUACAACAAGUGUAAUUAUAUCAUAAAAAAACAAGUGUAAUUAUAUCAUAAAACAACAAGUGUAAUAAAAUAUUCUGGAAUUCUUAAUAAUCCGGGCUUCAAUUAAUCGGCGCAGAAUUCACACAUUUCAUUUAUUAUUUUUAUGAAAAUUUACUAUAAAGUUACCCAUAUUAAAGUCAUACACACGUUACCAAUUCAAUUCUAUUAUUCAAAAACAGUUCAAAAAAUACAAACCAAUAUGACAAUAAUUAAAAAGAAUUAGUAGGCCGUGCAGGCUAAAUCUGACAGCGCGCAGCGGGUAUCCAUAGCGACAGCUUACCCGACGCGACGCUCAUCGUGAAUACAAACAUUUUCUUUCAUGAAAUAAUAAUUGUAAAGUAAAUAAUAUUCAUAUAGAGAAGCUUUAAAAUUUCGCCUUGCAAUUAAAACAUAAGAUUUAAUAAAAAUGGAUUCUGAAAACGAAGUUCUAACACCCCCGGAAAUUCGAGCGGCAGCGGAAGCUGCGUCUCUGGAUUUACUUCCCAAGAAAUCAAGAAACAAUUAUGAAAUUGCCUACAACAAUUUCAUGGAUUGGCGAUCAAGAAACAAGGCCACCUCCUUCUCUGAAGAUACAUUAUUAGUGUAUUUCAAAGAAUUGGCUAAAAAGUAUAAGUCGUCCUCCUUGUGGACGUUUUAUUCCAUGCUGAAAAGCACACUUUAUAUUAAACACAAUGUCAAGAUCGACCACUACGCGAAGCUACAUGCUUUAUUAAAAAGACAAUCAGAAGGCUAUCAACCCAAAAAAUCUAAGGCAUUUACCGGACAGGAAAUAAAUAAAUUUAUUUAUGAAGCUCCUGAUACAAAAUAUUUGGCUACAAAGGUUGCAUUAAUUAUGGGAGUGAUGGGUGCAUGCCGCUCAAAUGAACUACAUGCAAUGAAAAUACAACACGUUACAUUUUAUGAAGGUUGCACUAGAGUAAUAGUUCCCGUUACGAAGACCAAGAUCCCUAGGAAUUUUACUAUUACUGAGAAGUUCCAUGAUAUUGUUAAAAAAUAUGCAAAUCUGAGAGUGCCAAAUGCAUCAGAUUCUUUUUUUAUGAAUUUUCAAAAUGGAAAAUGCACAAAACAAGUUAUCGGCAUUAACAAGUUUGCCAAAAUGGGCAGAGAAAUUGCAAGUUUCUUACAAAUCAAAAACCCAGAAAGAUAUACCGGGCACUGUCUACGACGAUCUUCAGCCACAUUGUAUGUCGACGCAGGGGCAAGUAUGACAGCUCUGAAGCGCCACGGAGGCUGGAAGUCGGCUUCUGUAGCUGAAGGCUAUAUUGCAGACUCGCAGAAGAACAAGACCGAUGCAGCUACUAAAAUAUUAAGUCAAAUCAACCCUAAUUGUAAUAUUAAUAACAGUACUUUUGUUUCUACCCCCUCACAAUAUCCAGGUAUGUCUACUAUUACGAGCGAAUCUUCUCAUAACACUUUUUCGAUUAGUAAAGACACCACGGACAUUAGUAUUGGUACUACACCAACUACGAUGAAUUUCAAUAACUGCCCUAAUAUAACAAUCAAUUUUAUGAAAGAGCGCAACGACCGGCCGCCCUUGUUUGUGACGAUCAACGGAGGCGUGAGGAUUUGCGAUUUCGGCCGCGCAAAUUUGACGAGAAAAACGCCCGAAUUUGGUCCGUUGACGGCGUACCGGCGUCUCUAA